AUGUUGCGCCCUCGCCUUCCGCUCUGCGCCAACCACCUCCGCAGACAGGGAACUCGCCACAGCCUGAACAGGCAGAUACCGACGCGUAAUUAUGCGUUACAAGCGCAACAGUCGCCUUCAGGCCAUGCACAGCGCAUCGCGGUGUGGGCGGGCUCGCUUGGCGGAGCCACCCUAGUCGCCGCGUACUUUUUCUGGCCAGACGUCUCUCGGUCUGCCCCAACGUACACCGACGCCACUCUCUCAUCUGCAUAUUUCACACCAGUUACCGUCACCUUCACGGAGCAAUGCAAAGACCCAAAUACAUGCCUGAUGACGCUCACCGUUCCUCGGGAAGCAAUACCGCCGCUGGGAGACGCUCCAUUUGCUCCCAUAUGGUCUAUCUUCAUCAAGGAUGAUGAUAUUCAAGUCGAACGUCCCUAUACUCCUCUCGAAGGCAUCGACGGAGGAGGGAAGAUGCGGCUUUGGGUGAAAAGGUACCCCAAGGGAGAAGUCGGGCGAUGGCUUCACUCGAAGCGCGUAGGCGACAAAAUCGAAAUCAGGGGUCCGCUGAAGACAUGGCCUUGGCAAGAAGAGACUUGGGAUGAAAUCAUCAUGGUUUCAGGCGGAACGGGUAUAACGCCGUUCUACCAGCUGUUGCAUUUCAUGCUGUUCUCGGGCAAGUCAAGCUCUUGGCGGACACGCUUCACCCUCCUACAUUCUUCCCAGACUCCUGGGGAACUUCCUCCUGCUGAGAUCCUGCAGCCGUUGCUCUCGUAUUCCUCAGCGCACCCGGAUCGCCUCAGGGUACGCCUAUUCGUAGACGAGCAGGACGGGUCAGACUCGGAAAGCGUGUCCAUACAGGACGUCCGAAUCGGUCGCAUCGACAAGCCAGCCAUACACCAGGUCCUGUACCCCACCCAAGAAGCCUCCUGGUGGCAAAGGUUAUUCCAUCGGUCCAAGUCGCCCCUAGGAGCGGACAAGAAAAUCCUGUUCCUCGUGUGUGGGCCCGAGCCGUAAAUGUUUAACAGCUGUUACACUCG